AUGCUUUGCCCGUGUCCAGAAGAAGGAUAUGUAAAAGCCUACAGUCGCUUUGCAAACCUCCAGACACACCUAGAUACUGGAAAACACCAAAUGAUGCUCGAACAGGAAACUCUCUACGAUAAAGCUAAAAGAGAAUAUUCUUCCAGGCUGAUGGAGGGACGCAGUCGAAUACAAAGCGUUCAAGUUGCUGCACGACCAAAGAGAGACGGCUUGCCGCCUCUUCCAAUGGGUUGGGCCCUGAAGACAAUUAAGAAAAAGGUGCGUUUUACAAGGAAACAGACCGAAUUCUUAACUGACCAAUUUCAAAAAGGAGAGUAUAGAGGACGGAAAAGCGAUCCACAGGAAGUUUCGAAAACCAUGAGCCUAGCAAGAGACCAAGCGGGGGGACGUCGAUUUCAACCUGAUGAAGUCCCUACGUCGCAGCAGAUUAGUGGCUUCUUCAGCCGUCUUUCAGCAAAGAAGCGAUUAGAAGUUACAGCCGCCGGUAACCGAGCAAAAGCUAGUGAAAUCUCAGAAGUGGGCAUGGAGAGCGUCGACAAGGACGAAAUUUCCGCCGAAGCUGAGAGUCAUCUAUCUGCAGUGUGUGCAAAUGUGAUGAGAGAUGUGGCUAUUCAACAUCCGAUUGUAUCUUUCGAUCUAAACAUC